UGUUUUGAAUUUUUUUAAUUGAGAAGAAUUUUACAGUUCAUACUAUUAGCAACAAUAGUGGGCUCUAAUUAAUUAUUAAAGUUGUAACAAGAAUAUAAAAUUUAAAAAAAAAAUAAUAAUUUUCAAAGUGGAUAAUCAAAUAAAAGACAAGAAAAAGAGGAAGAAGAAGAAGAAGCCGGUAGGCAGUUCAAUUAUGCUAUAACCUUGUUAUCCAUCCAGCAUCGAAAUUAUUUACGUAUUGUUGUAGUUACUGCACCAUUUUCUUCUAUUUCUUUCAAGUGUACAAAUUAUUUUAAUAUUGAAAGUCAUAAUGUGGAGUACUUUCUUUUUAUUAUUUGGAUUUUUUAUGGUGGGGUUUUUUCAUUCAUCAAGCUGCAAAAAUACAGAAAGUUCAACUAAGUCUCAUCACAGACAAAAAAGAGUAUUCUGGUUUACAAAUGAUGGAAGAAUAGCUUUACCACCGGGUACAAUAAUGACAAUCACACCCACACUUGCACUUCCAUUUGUAAGAUAUCCACCCCAUGGUUUUCUUAGUAAUAUGACCAUAAGUCUACCUUUUACCAUUGACUUUGAUAAACUUGGAUUAACAGACAAUGAAAAUCCGUAUGGAGCAUUACCACCAGUAUUUGGAAGAGGAAUAGAAAGUAGACAAGUCGGAAUGAUGAUGGCAGAUUUUAUAGCUUCAUUGAUUAAGAGAAAAUUACACAAGCGUGAUUUAUAUGACGCUCCUCCAAAGAAUGCUUUUCACGGUGGAGAACGUGCACUUCUUUAUGUUACCGCUGAAGAUAUGCUCACUAAUUUAGGAUUAGAUGGAAAAGCCUGUUUGCUUCGAGCAAUCUGUGAAGUACAGGGCCAUCCUCUAAGUAAUUUUGGACUGGUCGGUGAAGUACUUAAAUUGUUUUUCACUGCAAGUAAAUCACCAUUUGCAAAUUUGCUGAAUGAAUAUGUAGAAGCAGAAAAUCGUGGCAAGUUACAUGGAGAAUGUUGGCCUUACUAUAAGAGAUGCCCUAAAUCAUUAUUUUUACCAUCUACCAGUCGAUAUUCAAAAGAUUCUAAUAUGAGUGCUGAAGAGACUGAAGCUACUAAUGAAGAAAAUAAUCAAAUAAAUGAUGAAAAAGGAAAAGAUAAAGAUACUCAAAGUCAAGAGUUUAUGAUGAAUCCAUCAAUGUAAAUAAUAGAAAAACUUUUAUCUAGAAAACAAAAAAGUCAUGUAAAAAAUAGGUUUUAUUUCCAAAAAUUGUAGAUAUCAAUUUGUUAUAAUUUAGUGUAAUUAUAACGAAAAAGUUAACUGCUUUAUAUUAACUCGAAAACUAGAAAUAUUUUAAAAAAUACCACAAAUGAGUGGUAAACAGCUCAGGUGAUAUUAAAAUAUCAUGAUUUUGUAUUGAUAACGAAAAAUUUUGAGUGCACUUAACUUAUUGAUAUUAAAACUUCGGACACAGUUAGGCAAAUCAUGAACAUUAACAAAUUGUGAUGAUAAGUGAACAUAUUUAAUUAUUUAAUUUAUUUAUUUAUAAAAUUUUUAUAUUUAUUAUUAAUUAAUUAAAUCAAUAUAUAUAAU